GUGGAACUGACAGGAUGUGCAGGUGCAGAAGCGGGAGAUGGGGGCUUCCAGGCGGGUAACCUUAGAAUGUGGUGACAGCGGAUAAAAACGGAACAUAAUAAGUUUACCAUUGCAUUUAUAAUGCAAAGUAGAAGGGAGACUUUCACUUGCUGAACGACAUGAGGUUGAUUAAAUCUGUGCAAGGCGCCUCAUAAAGCCACUUGGCAUACCCGAAACCGAAUGAAAUGAUAAGCAGCCGGAGUGCAACAGAUUACCGGUCUGGUUUAGGGGAUCAUGGCUACUCCAGAGAGACUCAGCGGCCUGCUGAGAUUCAGAAACUCCUUGUGGAAUUCCGGACCCUUUACCACGAGCGCCUUCGACGCAUUGACCAAUCGGAUGACAGCCGGGAGGAGGCUCUGCAGAGCAAGGUGGGCGUGCUGCAGUCGUUUGUGCGGGACCUGAGUGAGCAGAAUGAGGUUCUGAUCCAGGCGCUGGAGGCUGAGGAGGCGGAGGGCCGGGCGGUGGAGGGGAGAACAGCCAGCCUACACAAAGAGCUGGAGCGGCGCCUAUCCUUGGCUCUGUGCCCGAUGCCAGUGGACCUUGCGGGAACCACGGCAACGUUCCUCCGGACCCCUGGAGAAAUGGCAGACCAUUACAGGGAUGCGCAGACACACCUGUCUACCCAGGAUGCUAUACUUCAGCAGCUCAAAGAGGCCUGUCUAUCUCAGCAGGAAGCCCAGGUUAAAGUGGAGGAGCGUGAAGCCCAGGUCCAGGAGCUGCAGGACACCAUCACAGAGCUGCACCAGGAGAUGACCAGGAAGGACCAGGACAAGCUGACACAGCUGCAGGAGCUCCACCAGCUGGAGAGCAGGGUGAAGCAGCUCACUGACCAGGUCAGGAGCUCUGAGGAGACCAUUGGCCAGCUGAGACAGGAGGUGGCUGUUAGAGUGGGUAUCAGCAGCGCUACCCUGUCUGGGGAUGGGAGUACUACUGACCCGACAGGAUCCAGUCCAGUCCCACAUCUUACAGAACAGAGCGGCAGAGAACUGCUGAAGACUGAGUUAUCAUGUCGGGACGCAACCAUCCAGAGGCUCCGGCGAGAUGUGCUGCUCUCCCACCAGGCCCGCGACUCCCAGUCUGCUCAGCUGGAUGUCCAUGGGCAGAGGAUCUCUCAGCUGCAGACGGAGCUACAGGAGAGCCAACUGGAGCUCCAGAGGGGACACAGCCGAAGAGAGCAGCAGCAGAGGGACCUGCAGACCCAGACACAGCAGGCAGAGGAGCUCCACACUCAGCUGGCUGAGGUCAAAGGGCGUCUUGUGCAGGUGGAGGGAGAAAAUGAGGCACUCAUGAGAUAUAAGCGGGAGCAGGGAGCCGAGGUGGAAAGGCUGGCAGUGGUGGUGUGUUCUCUGCAGAGCUCGGCCAGGGACAGAGAGGGCACAGAGAGUGUCCAGGCCGAGCGGAGGUGUAUGGACCUGGAGGGGGAGCUGACAGAGACCCGUGCCCAGCUCACGGAGUGCCAAGACAGGCUACAGGAAGCCAGGAGGAGGGCUGAGGAGCAGACCCAGAAGUUCCAGGCCAAGGUGUCCAGUCUGAAGAGCCAGCAUGGCUGUGUUAGUCAGCAGCUGCAGGACAGGAGUGCUGAGGUGCAGAGGCUUCAGAGGUCAUUGGCUGAGCUACAUGGACGAGAGAUGGAGUGGGAGAGAGAGACAUCUGCCCUGCAGGGCCAGCUGGGCCAUGCCAGAGAGGAGCUCCACACCGCCAUCCUCAGGAGGCAGGAACAGCAGCAGAAGGAAGAGCUUUUUGGUGAGCUGCAGAGGGAGGUGGACAGACUGAAGAAUGAGAGACAGGAGCUGCGAAAAAAGCUUUGUGGUAGAGAAGAGGAGCUGAAGAGGCUGAGAGACGAGCAGCAUCAGCUCAAGGACAAGGCUGACGUGGUGGGUCGGGAGCUGUGGGAGGAGAGUGCCCAGCGGGACAGGGAGCUGUGGGAGUGGAGGGACCGCUACCAUGCUGCUUCAGAGGGACUUAGGCUGAGGGAGGCUGGGCUUGAGGAGGUGCAGAGGGCCAGGGACACGGCCCUCAGAGGCCUGAGACUACAGGAGGAGAAGACCCACAGUCUGGGGGCCCAGAUGCAGGAGCUGCAGCACAGCCUGGACGGCCUACAGGGCAGGCUUGCCCUGAAGGAGGAGAUGGUCGUGGCUCUCAGAGUGAAGCUGCAGGACCAUGAAGAAGACGCCCGCGUUCUCCGCCAACAGCUGCUCUCCUCCCAAGAUGCACUGCAGCAAGUUGCUGCCGAGCUGAGGUCAUGUAAAAGAGAGAGGGAGAAGCAGGAUAGCCAGUGUGUGGAGACAGAGGAGAGACUGGCUGAGAUCAGAGCUGAUCUGGUCCAACUACAGCAGCAGCAUACCACCUGCUAUGCCCAGCUGGUCCAGGAGGAGGCUGGGGUGGGCAGGCUGAGGGAGGAGCUGCGUGAGGUGAGGGAACAGAGGGACAGACUGGCCUUUCAGGUGACAGAGAACCAGGACCUGAGCCAUGACCUGGACCUGCUCAAUGAGAAACACAAGGCUGCACAGCACGAGGUGACCAACAGGGAUGAGACAGUGCUGAGACUGACCACAGAACUGAGCACCGCGCAGGAACACCUGAAAUCAGCUCAGGAUGAGCUGUCAGUGCAGGCUCAGCAGGAGCAGGCCCUUGGAGAGGAGGUGCAGAGGCUGCAGAAGGAGGUGAGCUGUCUCCAGGGCAGCCUGAGUCAGAGAGAGGAGGACAUGGAGGCACAACUACAGACAACUGGCCAGCUACAGCAGGAGAGGGACAGCCUGUUCACACAGCGGGACAACCAGCAGGGGGCAGUGUGUGUUCUGCGUGGGGAGCUGCAGCGGUGGCAGGCGGAGGCCCGGGCUCAGCAGGAGAGCAGGGAGGAGGAGGUGUUGGGGCUGAGGGCUGAGCUACAGGAGACCCAGGGCAGGCUGCAGCAGUGUAGAGCAACCAUGAAGCACCUCCGCUCUGACCUGGAGCACGCCCAGAGACAGACCAGGCAGGCCGAGGAGGAGGCAUCUGAUAGGGAGAACCGUCUGUGGGGCCAGGAGGCAGAGUUGUCCAGGCUGAGGGCUGUGCUGCAGGAGGCUGAGAGUAGAGCAGCGGACACAGAGACCAGGCUGCAGCCCCUGACCCAGUCCCUGGAGCUGUACAGGGUCAAGUACCAGGCCUGCCUCACCAAGAUCUCCCAGCAGGACAGCACUCUACAGGCCCAGGAUGAGGACCUGAAGGAAGCCAGGGCUCAGGUGGUGGAGCGGGACGAGCAUGUGCUGCGUCUGUGUGCCCAGGCGUUGGUGUUGCAGGGGGAGCUGAAGGCCCACUGUGCCCAGCUAGAGAGCGGGGAUGACGCCCUGAGUGCCCUGAGCCAGCACCUCCGAGACACCCAGAGAGACCUGGAGUCCAGCCGCAAACACAGCCAGGAGUGUGAGAUGGUCAUCAGCACUAUGAGAGACAGCACCGCCACACUGAGACGACAGGUGGAGGAACAGGAGGAGAGUGUGGUGAAGAGCCAAGCUGAUUUCUCUGUCUACAGAGCCAGUCACAUCCACUCUGACUCAGACUACGACUCCCAGCUCUGCCGCAUCCAGGAACUACAACAGGCAUUCUCCCAGACCGUGGAGCAGUGUGCCCAGGCUAGCCAGGACCUCAGUGUGUGCCAGUCGGAGGUUCGUCAGCUGAGAAAGGAGGUGUCCAGACUCACCCAGCUCAAGGACAGCACUGUGGAGGAGGUGCUGCGGCUGCAAGAGGCUGGGAGGCAGCUCCAGGCAGAGACCAUGAUGGAGGGCCAGCGCAGGCUGGAGGAGGUGGGAGCUCAAGAGCAGAGGGCUGCCAGGCUGGAGCAGGACCUGCAGGCCGCCCACACCCAGUGUGCCAAGAGACAGCAGGGGGUGCAGAUGCGGGAUAACCUCCUGAGGCGUUCGGAGGCUGACCUGCUGGAGGCCCGGGAGACUCUGAGGAGUCGGGCUGUGGAGGUGGAGCGGCAGGCAGCUGCAGUCAGGGGCCUGGAGGCUGACGUCCAGAGGGCCAGGAGGGAAGGACAGCAGAGAGAGGCCGAGUGUGGCUCUCUCAGGACCCAGCUGAUGACCCUCAGGGAGGAACUAAAGGAGGCCCAGGGACACUGCAGGGACACGGCCCAGGAGCUGGCUCGUCAGGAGGAGAAGGUGUUGCUGGUGGAGGGGGGGCAGCAUCGGGCACAGGAACACCUGGCAGAGCGGGUGGCAGAGGUGGUGAGGGCAGAGCAGGCCCAGAGGAAGCUACAGGCAGAGCUACGCACCUUAAAGGAGAGACUCCGCACCACAGAACAUGAGCUGCAGGGCUACAGGGCCCAGGUGGAGAGUUUGAAGAAGGAGGCAGGGGAGAGCAGGCAGGCCCAGCUCAGUGCUCAGCAGGAGGCCAACACACACCAGCAGGGGACUCAGCAGCUGGAGGCAGAGCUGACCACCACCAAGGACACACUCAGGACUCUACAGCAGCAGCUGCAGGAGCAGGCUGAUGCCAGCCGGGCACUGCGGGCAGAGCUGUCCCAGGAGCAGGACAGGCAGCAGGAGCUGCAGGAGAGAAACCAGGGGACCAGGGAGAGAGAGGCCCAGCUGGAGUCAGAGAGAAACCAGCUCAGAACCAGCAUGGAAGCAGCUCACAGCCAGCUGAGGGAGCGGGAGAGGACUGUGGGGUGCCUGCAGGAGCGUGUGGUAGAGCUGCAGAGCACCACCCAGAGGCUGCAGGAGGAACAGACAGCCUGCCAGGCUCAGCUGCAGCAGUGCAGGAGGGAGCUGGAGAGCAGGGAGGGCCACAGCCACGAGAUGAUUGUCCUUCAGGAGACAGUGUCCAGGCUGAGGGAGUGUGUAGAGGAGGCCCAGGCCAGCAGCAGGCAGGGGACCAGGGACACUGCAGCAGCACAACACAGCCUCAGAGAGCUGAGACUGGAGCUGGCCUCCACCCAGGCAUCCCAUAGAGAGAGCAUGGAGCUGCUGGCUGAGCAGAGUGGUGAGGCUGCAGGUCUACGUAGUGAGCUGUCCCGCCUGCAGCAGAGGAGCUCCCAGCUGUCAGAGGAGAGAGGGGGCCAGGAGGAGAGGACCAGGCAGCUGACUGCAGAGCUCCACAGACUACGCACUGCCAGCAGACAGACACUGGACGAGACUCGGUCCUGUGAGGACAGGCUGGCAGAGCUGAGUGCCCAGCUGGGGAGGUCUCAGCGCUGGGGCCAGGAGCAGCUGGUAGCCCUGGAGAUCCGGGAGGAGGAGGUGGUGCUGAUGAAAGUGGAGAUGGCUUCUCUCAAAGAGAACUACCAUGCCAAGGUGGCCCAGGUGGAGGCCUUACACUCACAGCUCCAUUCCAUGGAGCACAAGUACAGCACAGCAGCUAAUGAGGUGGAGGUGUUGCGCCAGUCUCUGGGUAAUGCUCGUUCAGACAGUUCUCUUCUACACAGGGAGAGUGAGCUGGUGGUAACCAACGUCAACCAGUGGGUGAAGGAGCAGAAGCAAGGCAAUGAAAAACUGAACUUUAAGAUCAAAGACCAGAGCAAAAAGAUCAUCCAUCUCACUGCAGAGAAGGAUCACCUGCAGGAGAGUGUGGAGGGUCUGCAGGAGGAGAUGAAGAGGCUGAAGGCUGAGCUGGAUGAGAGCAGGAUUGAAGCCGAGAGGUUCAGAGCCUCUCAAGCCAGUAUGAGUGACCAGCACCAGCGCAGUGCCCUGGCCAGACUUCCUGUCCAGCUGCUCCACACAGAAUCUGCUCUGACUGCGAGAGGAACCUUGAGAGGUCAGGGAGACAACCUGUGGAGGAGGAAGGCUCCGGCUGCCAAUCUGCAUCUGCGCUAGCCCCAGACGCAGCCUGUGUCUGCCUGGCAGGGAGUGCCACGUUUGCUGCGGAGGUGGCCAGAAGAGUGGCCCUUAGGGCCCUGGAGCGCAGACCCUUGCCAUGUGGCCACCGCUGGAGCAGACCCCGCUCUCUCAGCUGGGACGGGCCACGCCCUACACAUCUCAGGGAGGGACACUGAUAGGUGCUAGUAUGAACCAGUGAGAAGGGAAGUACAAGUAGUUAUUAUGUUAUUAUGACUCAAGAGAAUACAGCACAAAAAUAUAUAUAUUUGAUUUGUAGUUUGAUAGAUAUGAAUACAUGAUUGUAUUAUAUUUAAGAUUAUUUAAUGAGAAUACUAAACUUGAAUACUUUAAUUUCUUUGGUAUUUUCAGUAUAUCCUUUUUUUUCCAAAAUCUUAUCUUUGUGGCACAAUAUGUUCUCUUUCCUGUGUUCUCGAUGACUUAAUGUGAUUUUGUGGCACUACUACCUUUGCCUUACAAUUUAUUGAGAAAUCAGCUCAGUACUUAGAUUGUAAUUUACAACUUUAUGUAUGAAUGUACAAAAAAUCUAUUGUGAAUAAGUAGACUAUCAUAAUGUAGAAUUGGGCUGAAGGAGUAAUGGUAAGAGAUUACAAUCUUACCUGUACAGUAUCUGGGUCCUUCCACCAAUUCGAUGCCUUUUUAGAAGUGUAACUUUUGAUUUCACAAAAUGUUGAUAUUCUGUCCUAAAGAGCACAUGUUCAACACUUUGCCAUCUCAAGAGGUUAAAUAAAAAAAUUACUAUAGUUAGUGCCUAUUAAGAACCAAAUAAAUUCUCUGGGUUACUCGUAUCAGGGUUGACCUCACACAAAAAAAUCUAGUUGCUAAAACAUUUCUAGCCUGUCUAUCUAUGGGUAACAGGGUUAUUUGUGUUAUGCUCGACCCAUUAGUUUUCUACCACAAAACAGAAAAUGGCCAAACAAGUAGAACCAGCUCACCUGCUUUUACACUAUGAUUUAACUAUUAGAUGUUCAAAGUUUAUUUUGUAAAGGAAUAGUUUCAACAUAUUCAAACGAGAGGGUUGACCUUAAAAUGAGGGACAGAUGUAAAUGAAUCACUAAUCAAAUGAAAGAAAUAUCUUCAGAAAUGACUUAAAAUAGCUAGAGAUUUACAAUGAUGGAGAAAUGUUUGAAUUAAAUGGGUUGAAGUCUUCCUAGAAGUGACACAGGGUUGGCACUUUAGCAAGCCUUUAUUCAUAUUCAAAAAUCUGAUUUAUUGAAUUCUCCAUGCGGUCUAUAUUAAAGGGCACUUCAUUGAAUAUAACAGGCUUUUAAAAUCAAUAUUGGUGGACAAUUUCUACUUAAAAUAUCAAAAGGCACUCUUCGUGGAACGACCCAUCUGACAAAUACUUGUAUCUAUCCAUUCAGGUUUUUUGAGUUUAAUUUACAUUUUUAUAUAAACCUAGAAAGAAAGAAUCAGAAAAAAAGUGUCCAGCCUUUUUUUGUGGUAUGAGAAAUUGUCCUGCUUAUUUCUGUGGUUGUCAAAUGAUGACUUGAUGUCUAGAUAAAAGCCCUAUAAAUGUAUUGGGGGAUUUCAUGUUUUUAGUCACCUAGAGCAAUACAUCCUUGAGUUCAUUCAUGUAAAUCCUAAUGAAUUGUGUAGGCAGAGAAGUCUUUGUGGCCAAAUACAAGUCUGGUAAAGGCA